AUGCGGCAACGAAGUUUAUCUGGAAAAGAAAAUUUAUCCUUCACAGCACCUCGGAGAUCUUCAAGAAUUAGUCAGGAAAAUCAACCGAAAUCAGAAGCUCCUAACACGCCCAAGUGUGUAUUGCGGAAGAACCGGGUCCCGUUGUCGGAUCUCACGCCUGUUAGCUCAUUUACGGAUGCGGAUUCUGUCAAGAAAUCCCAGAAACUACAAAGUGCCCAAUGCUCCAUAAAUUCCAAAAGCUCCAAGAAAUCGAGUAAUGGGUCGGGAAAGUCAACAAGAUCGAGUUAUCGGUCCGAAGUCCGAGGUCUUCCAUCUGUUCGAAGGUCUGCUAGGUUAUCUAAAACCUCUGUUCGAAGGUCUGCUAUGUUAUCUCAGAAAAGUGCUGAAAAGACUGAUCUCGCUGGUAGUGUGGAAGUUUUUGCUUCUGCUGGACCUAAGGAGAUGUGUUCAUCAAAUGGGGCUAAUAUGGUUGUGGUUGUUAAUUUGCGUGAUAGAUCUUCGAGUGUGACGGAAAAGAGGGUGAAGCGGAGCUCUAAAAAGGUUGAUGACUCUGGAGUUAGGGCAGACCCUGGGAAGGGUUGUAAAACUCUGAGAAAGUGCAAUUCAGUUGGAGAUAGGGAUGCAGCGAAUAUAUCAGAUAGAGGGCAAGCAGGCCGGGAUGCCAAUUUUUCUGUGGUGUAUAAAAUUGAAAAGAGGGUUACUCGUAGCGCCUCUAGAGAAAUUCAAGAUGUACGGAGUUCAGAAUCUGGUGACUUUAGGGAUUCAUCAGAUGAUGGAAAAGCGAGGCUAGAUGGAAUUUCAAGUGGAGAUCCAAAUGAUAGAAAUAAAGAUAUGAGAGCAUGUGUUCCCUCGGCAGAUGUAGUUGGAGGAAGAGAUGGGAUUGGCAGUCUUGAAGCCGAAAAGGAAGAGACAGGUGCAAAAAGGAAGAAAGUCCAAGUCAGGGAAGAGCUUGUAACAGUUGAGGAUGGAUGGACAAUGGAACAGGAAUUGGCACUUGAAAGAGCUUAUUUCGCAGCAAAACCAACACCUCAUUUCUGGAAGAAAGUCUCCAAGAUGGUGCCUGGGAAAUCUGCAAAGGAAUGUUUUGAUAAAAUCCAUUCUGAGCUUAUGACCCCACCCCCUCCUCGAACACGAUCAAGGACAGUGACCUCAAAGUCACCCCUCCCCUCUGUGAGUGAAUUGCUGAAUUCUUCAGUUCUGGAAACAAAGAAGAGAAAAUACAACAAGCCAAAGAGUCACCUGGCACAUAAAAAAGUGCGACAGCUACUUAUUAGACAGUGCAACAUAGAUGAAGAUAAUGAUGCAGAUCUUUUCAGUGUUCUGGAGCAGACUUUUGAUCAUCCUACUCAAGUUGUUCAGGAUGAUGAACAAUUGCUAACCCCUGAGCGCCACGUGGAAGAAUCUUGCUUUGGUGAAAGGUGGGUGGAGGAGAGUUUGGCAUCGGCCUCUGGAAAGCAACUUUCACGAUUAAGCAACUCAAGCAAAGCUGCUGUUCUUACUAGUCCUCCAGUUCUGAAGAAAGUUAAAAAUAAAGUCUUGCAUGAGAAAUAUAUUGAUCAAUUACAUUCUAGGGAAGCUAGGAGAAAAGCGGCAUCAUUGAGGGCCGCAAAAAGCAAUAAGGGGGGAACUUGUGCCAAAGAAAAUAGAGUUCAAAAAAUGGAGGCAGUUAAAGAUGCAAAGAAUGCUCUCAUCUUUUGUGCAAAAGAUGCCAUUGACCAGUUUCACCAUCUUCAGGGCAACACGUUGAAUGACUUUGAUAAUACAUUCGAUUAUUCCACUGCCAGUUCUGAGCAUGAAUCUGAAGAUGAUUCUUGA